AAUUAUGACUAUAUUAGAGACAAAACCAUGUAGGAUUUACAAAAAAAAUCCGUAAUUCACAAUCAAUCUCAAAUUUCAAGAAUAAACCGAAAAAAUUCCAUGUGGGCAUGGGUUAACAAGAAAAUCAUAAUUUACAAAAAUUUUCAAAUCAUCAGGGCAGUUAAGUAAACUCCAAAAAGUCGGACAUCACAGGGGCAGCAAUUAACUGGACUAAAUUCAGCAACUAAUGGGUAAAUUAGGACUUAGAUGGAGCUAUCACAUACCAGAAAUUCAGCAAGCAAAAUCGGAGCUGCAGGAACCGAAAAAAUCACACCCACACAGCAGAGCAGUGGACGGAGAGGAAAGAAACAGAGCAGAUCCGAAAUUUUUCUGCAGAGGGGGAAGAUUCCAACUUCUAAAUCUUGUUCUUGAACAAGAAAAGAAAGGAAAAUCAAGUUUUCUUACUGUUCCUCAAGGACCCGCGUGUCCUGCUCUUCUUCUUCCUCCCGACCCCCUGCGACCCGACGAGCCCCAGCUACUGCCACCCAUUUUCGGCCGGGAACACCGAUCUGCUCUCUUCCCUCUGCCGCGAGUUCCCUGUUGCUGGGUGGGUGAAAUUUUCGGUUAUUUUGGCCCCGUGACCGACCUUCCUCCUCUGCCGCCGGUUGCUGCUGGGGUGAAUUUCGGUUUUCUUGUUUCCGUGAGUUUCCCUGCAGAUGCCGCCGGCUUCUUCUCCCUGCCAGCUCCGGUUUGCUUGCUGGAAUUCUGGAAUUUUGUUAAUGAGGCUGUUGUGAUGUUGUGUGAAAAUCCCGUGUGUGUGAGUUGUGGUUUGCCAAAGCCAUGCUCUCCAUGUACUGCCCGUGAGAAAUGGGGAAAUUUUGAUUUUGAUUGUUCUGUCACCGUAGCACUUGGGUUAAGCCUUCUAUUCUGUGCGAGUAAGUGGGAGCUGCAAACGCUAGCACAUGUCGACAUGUAUUUCUGUAGAACCGGUUCAUCCUACCGAUGGGAUAAUACAUUGGUAAUUACUGACGCCUGCCAGUGGGAGUUUGUUAAACACUGGUACCAUUACUGACGCCUGCCAGUGGGAGUUUGUUAAACACUGGUACUUCUGUAACCCUGCUAAUGGGGUUAAACAUUGGUUAUUACUGACGCCUGCCAGUGGGAGUUUGUUAAACACUGGUACCAUUACUGACGCUUGCCAGUGGGAGUUUGUUAAACACUAGCCAUGACUUAUAGAUGAGACUACUGAUGAGUUUUAUUAUGCAUGAAUGGUUUAUCAUUGAAAGUUCUGUUAUGCUUACAUGGUUUAUCUAGUAUGCUUAAAUUUUUACCAAGGGCUAUCCAUAGUUUUACUUAUUGAGUUAUCUCAUAAUUUUCCUUGUCCACCAUUUCAGGAAGUGAAACCGAGGACGAGGAAACCAAGGGGAGUGACGAGGUAGAAGGCUAGCCAUUUUAAUUGGAUAUAAGUUUUAGAUUUUAUCAUCUUUUUUUAAGGUAGAUUUUAUUCUUGAGAUUUUGUGAUUUGGAAUAAGUUCCAAGCCUUGUGCACUUGCGGGACCUGUCUCAUGAGUGCACGGCGUCUGUCGCGUUCCCGGAUUUGGGUUCUGAGGUGUGACAGAUUUAACUAUAUAUCAAUCACUUCAACUACAUAUAGAAGGUGUUAUAAAGGUUGAGAUUGAUGCUGAUACAUCAGACGAAGAAGAGGGCAAUGGAGAAGAAAAAGAUUUAGAAACCUCAAGAAAUAGUGAUAGUAUUG